CAUUUCACCGCUGCCAAGAAUCUGAGCUUGAGGAUUGAGCUAAGAGCAUUUGAUGCCUGUCCCGUCUGUUAUCGCUCAUAUUUCCGCGCAAACCCUUGCGUUUCUCAACUAACUGAACAAGCCAGUCCUGCAAUGGCCUGCUGCGUACGAGUACAGUCGACCUGGGGUUUGCCUGCAACUGUGUGAAUUCACACGGAGUCGGUGCUGGAACAUAUCGAAUUCAGGAGGAAAAUACAAACCACCAUCUAGAUCAACAUAGGCUUGUUGUGGCUCGCAAUGGCGAAAAAGGGCAAGAACCAGAACGCCGCCCAGGCGACCAACACUCCAGCCCCCGCGGCCGGCAAGUCCAGCACCAAGAAGGAUGCCAAGAAAGCUCCCGCUGCUGAAGGCGACUUCAUCGUUUUCACCAAUUCAGACAAGGACCCCAAAGGGAAACGAGGGGGUGGAGGAGGCGGAGGAGGUGGUCCGUCGAACAGCAGCAGCGCCAACACCAACCCGGGCGACAACACCGCCGACGGGCCUCCGCGCCCCACUGCAAGGCAACUCAUAGGCGGCGCCUCCUGGACCGGCAAACUCCCCGUCAAUCUGCUCUCGGAGCACUGCCAGAAACAGAAGUGGGAGAAGCCCGACUACAACACCAUCAAAACCAAGGAAGGCUACUCCGUUCUGGUCAGCCUGAGCGCCAAGAACCCCAAGACGCAGGAGAUCACCAAGCUGCCGCCCUUCAAGCUCCCGCCCAGCCACGUCCAUCUCGCCUACAAGCCUACCGCGCUCGAGGCCAAGCACUUUGCCGCCACCUACGCCCUCUACCGCGUGUGUAACAUGAAAAACCUGCACAUCUCGCUGCCGCCUGACUAUAAAGCCCUCUGGAAGGACUUUGAGCAGCUCAAGAAGCAGGACGUUAAGGAAGGCAAGGCGUGGAUGUACGAAGCUGACCCGUUCCAGGCGGCUAGGGAACGGGAGGAGGCCAAGGCCGCAGCCGAGAAGAAGAGGGCUCAAGCCCAGGCUGCAAGGGAGAAGGCUGCUGAUAGUAACGAGCCCGGGCUGGUAUUCAGGGGAAGCGGUGAUGGCGGAGCUGGAGGAGGAAGUCGGGGAGGCGGGGCGCAUGGGCUCAUGAGGGGCUGGGCGACGGUGCCCAAGAUCGAGAUGGGAAACAAGACACGCUCUCAGUUGGAGGAUAUAUUGCGGAGGGAGACCGUGUGGAAUCCCCAUGGCGUCGUUAUGACGGCAGCGCAAAAGGCAGCCAUCGUGAAGGAGUUCAAGGAACUCGGGUUCCGGCAGAGCCAUGUUGAAGAGGCCGUCGAAGUGUGCAAGGACCGCGAGGAGACGCUGGAGUGGCUUUUGGUGCAUAUUCCCGAAGAUGACUUGCCGAGGUGGGCCCUCCCGGAGAGAUACAGCGCCGGGGUUACCGUGGCAGCGACCGAUCUGCGAAAGGAAGGGACCAUCAAGCGUCUCGCGCAGUCUGGCUACUCGAUCGACCUCUGUCGCAAGAUCCUUGAUGCGAGUGGCGGCGACGAAGGCAUCGCUGCAGAAACCCUGCAGAAGCUGCUUCUGUCGAGUGGCGGCGGCCAAGAUGGCGCCCGGGAAGACGAAAUUGACUCGUGGAGGACGCCAGAAGAGUGCUGGGAGGAGGAGAUGGCGACUCUCGAGGCUAGUUUUGGGGACAAAUACGCUCGCACUUCGCCCGAGGUGUGCCAGAUUCGCGUCGAGUCGGUGGUCAACGGAGCAAAUACGGACGUCGAGACGCAUCUUGUUUUCCGGAAAUCUUCCCAGUAUCCGGCCCAAGUCAUAUUGUCAAUCCUGGCACCCCUGCCUGCCUACAUCAAGCUCAGCAUUAUCAAGAAGGCACUUGGGUAUGCCAACGAAUCGCUGCGAGGCGAGGAGAUGAAAAUCUACUUUAUCACGAGCUGGGUCCAGGAAAACAUCAACGAGAUUAUUGAGAGGCCCGGCGCUCUUCGGGACGUGGCUGCCGUAGCAUCAGCUGCUUCGGAAGAGCCAGUGUCGGUUCACAAGCCGACCAGGAGACGGCCUCGCUACCCAAAGCCCAUCAAUUGGACGCCGAACCCUCAGAGCAAGCAACAGUGGGUAGCAAGGACGGAGACUCCAAGCUACAAGAAGAUGCUCUCCCAGCGAGAAAGAUUGCCGGCGUGGCAAGUAAGGGCUGAUGUGGUGCGGACUGUCACCGAGAAUCAAGUCACCAUCAUCUCUGGAGAGACUGGCUCCGGAAAGUCGACUCAGUCUGUCCAGUUCAUCAUGGAUGACCUGUAUAACAGGGGUCUCGGAAACGGGGCAAACAUCAUUGUGACUCAACCGCGGCGAAUCUCUGCCCUUGGUCUUGCCGAUCGAGUGGCCGAGGAGCGGUGCUCGCAGGUCGGGCAGGAGGUUGGCUACUCAAUCCGGGGCGAGAGUAAAACCAGUCCAAACACCAAGAUCACGUUUGUGACGACCGGUGUUCUGCUCCGGCGCUUGCAGACUUCUGGUGGCCGGGUGGAGGAUGUGAUGGCUUCGUUGGCCGAUGUCAGCCAUGUCGUCGUUGACGAGGUUCACGAGCGCAGCCUUGACACCGAUUUCCUGCUGAGCGUCAUUCGAGACGUUUUGUACAAGCGGAGAGACCUGAAGCUCAUUUUGAUGAGUGCGACGCUCGACGCUGCUUCGUUCAGAGACUACUUCACAGUUGAGGGGCACGAUGUCACUGUCGGUAUGGUCGAAAUUUCCGGUCGAACGUAUCCGGUCCAGGACUACUAUCUCGAUGAUGUGAUCCGGAUGACGGGCUUCAGUGUUGGAAACAGGGAUUUCUACGAUGAUGGCCUGUCGAGCAAGACAUCCGCAGACCAGGGAGACCCCAUCAACAAGACUAUUCAGAUGCUAGGCACUCGCAUCAACUACGACCUUCUUGUGGAGACGGUGAAGGCCAUCGACUCCGACUUGUCGAUGACACAGAAGGCUGGUGGCAUCUUGGUCUUCCUGCCUGGCGUAGCCGAAAUUAAUCGCGCCUGCAACGCCCUCUCGUCCACAGCUUCUCUGCACGUGCUGCCCCUCCACGCAUCUUUAGAGACUAGAGAGCAAAGAAAGGUAUUCGCUGCCGCUCCGCCGGGCAAGAGGAAGGUGGUCGUCGCCACCAACGUUGCUGAGACGUCAAUCACCAUUGACGACAUAGUUGCCGUCAUCGACAGCGGCAGAGUCAAAGAGACAUCUUUCGACCCGCAGAACAACAUGCGCAAGCUCGAGGAGACGUGGGCCUCCCUAGCCGCUUGCAAACAGCGUCGCGGUCGUGCCGGCCGUGUUCAAGCCGGCAAAUGCUACAAAUUGUACACGCGGAAUCUUGAAUCUCAAAUGGUUGAGCGCCCCGACCCGGAGAUCCGGCGCGUCCCGCUCGAGCAGCUCUGCCUCGCCGUCAGAGCCAUGGGAAUUCGCGAUGUUGGCCACUUCCUCUCUCGCGCUCCCACGCCACCCGACGCCACUGCCGUAGAGGCCGCCGUUACCAUGCUCCGGCGGAUGGGCGCAUUGGACGGCGACGAGUUGACAGCCCUCGGCCAGCAGCUCGCCAUGAUACCCGCCGAUUUGCGCUGCGGAAAGCUGAUGGUGUACGGCUCCAUCUUUGGGUGCCUCGACGAGUGCGUGAUCAUCGCCGCCAUCCUGAGCACCAAGAGCCCCUUCACCUCUCCCGGGGAGAAGAGGAAUGAGGCGAAGCAGGCCAAGAUGAGGUUUGCGAGGGGCGACGGUGAUUUGCUCACCGACUUGAGGGCAUUUCAAGAAUGGGACGCUAUGAUGGCCGAUCGGGGGAUUCCACAGCGAAAAGUCCGCCAAUUCUGCGACGAUAACUUCCUAUCCUUUGCGACCCUUUCGGAUAUCGCCUCGACGCGCUCGCAGUUCUAUGCUGCGCUCGCUGAGAUGGGCAUCAUCCCCCGGAACUACAUACCCUCCAAUUCUUCGCCCUCGUCGUCUGCUUCCUCCCCGCUCCUCCGCGCCCUCACGGCGUCCGCCUUCUCCCCUCAAAUCUGCCGCAUCCAAUUCCCGGACAAGAAAUUCGCCACGUCGGUCUCGGGCGCGGUCGAGCUGGACCCCGAGGCAAAGACGAUCAAGUACUUUUCCCAGGACAACGGCCGCGUCUUCAUCCACCCAGCAAGCACCCUGUUCGACAGCCAGGGCUUCGCGGGCAACGCCGCUUACAUUUCGUACUUUACCAAGAUCUCGACAAGCAAGGUGUUUGUGCGGGACUUGACGCCCUUCAACGCCUACACACUCCUCCUCUUCUCAGGCGCCAUCGAGCUGGACACGCAGGGCCGCGGCCUGGUCGUCGACGGCUGGCUGCGGCUGCGCGGCUGGGCCCGCAUCGGCGUGCUCGUCUCGCGCCUGCGCGGCGUCAUUGACCGGCUGAUUGAGCGCCGCGUCGAAAACCCUACCUCUACCUCUACGGGUCUGCUGGACCUGCAGGGGAGCGACGACGACAUCAUACGGCUCGUGACAAGGCUGGUCGAGCUGGAUGGGCUUGAUGCCUGACGUGAGUCACAAUACAAUACGGAUCGGAUGUGGAAGCUGGAAGGGGAUAUAUUGGAGCGCAGGACCCUUUAGGUGGAAUUUAAGUGAUAACAACAUAGAUGUUAGUGUAGACGAGGGGAUGCAACAGGUUGGGAUGCUUCUUGGUCUAUAACUAAACAAAAUGGGGUUGGGUAGGUAGGUAGGUGGUUCUGCAAAAGAUGGAUCAACCUAGAUGAGUCUGGGUUGCCUUUCGCAAGUAAGUUUAUCAGUGCUGUUGGUGGCUGAGGAUUGUGACUGCAGAAUCACCAAACAGCAUCUCUGUUGCCCUCACAGCUCCUGAAAGAAAAUUCACAUCCCUUCAUUCA